AUGUCAAGGUCGCAGCUUGACUUGCAAUGUGUCGACGUUUCCUGGAGGAGACGUGAAACGAGGAAGUCGCCUUUGGUCAGUUGGGCUGCAAUGAGUCCUGGAAGGGAUAAAACCAAAGCAACCUUUCAGCUUGACCGUCGACAUCUUAGGCAAAGCCACAAGGUCAAGGUCAAAGCUGCUCGCUGCAGGGCAGAAGAUGGGAUAGUGCAGACUUGUUUGUCCACGCUAGAUCAUGCUGAACCCAUGUCAGUCCGCGUCAAAGCUCAUCUCUACCAACCGUUUGGGCUUUUCCUGCACAGCUUCAGACCGACGGGCUAA